GCAGCGCAUUAAAAUAAUAAAAAGAAAAAAAAAAAUCUUCCUCUCAGGCAAUAUGGACAAGGCUUCAAGGAUUGUGUUUUUGAUAGUCACCUUCUUCGUCAUUUCAUGUGGUGUUGUGUUAGGACAAAAAUGUGAUUGUCAAGAUGAAUGUAAAGAAAGUCGGGUUCCCCAUUGUAUCGGCGGGGUUUGCAAAUGCUUACCACCGAAGGCAGACUCCACUAAUCAUGAAGGUGUAAUGCUGGGACAGACGUGUUUAAGGGAUGGCGAUUGUCCAAGCUGUACAGAAGGGAUUCCCAUUUGUUCUAAAAAUGGGCUUUGCGGAUGUUUACCAUCCAAGACAUAUUUCACUAAUCGUAAAGAUGUGAAGACAGGAAAGACGUGCAAGGGUAAUGCAGAUUGUCCAAAAUGUUUUAUUGGGUUCCCAUUUUGUGUAGGAGGAACUUGUCAAUGUAUUUAAUUAAUACAAGACAUAUAUACUCCAUUUAUCAUGCAUGGAGCUUUUUGAUUAUAUUUUAAGGAGCUUAAAUUAUGUAGUAAGAUAAUGUUUACUUUAUGGCAAUAAAGUUUACUUGUCAUUUUUGUGUA